GUCUCUAUUCAGCCAUUUAGUUAAUAAUAACAAAAAAUUAUCAUUAGUUUUAAUCAUAAAUAAAAUUACUGACUAUUAAAACGAAAAUUGUGUUUAAAUAUUAACAAAGAAGAGUUGAAUUAACAAUAAAAUGAAAAUUAUUUUAUUGUUAAGUUUUCUAUUGAUUAUAAACUUUGCGUUCACUCGUCAAACAAGUGACAACCAGACGGCGGCCAAAGUGGUCGACAACAAUGGAUCGGCAACAACACCGACACCACCAACUGUCUCAGUGGUCGGAAAAGCAGAAAAAUUGCCGUCAAAAUCGCUGAUCGAUCAGUUCAUAGAUGAUUCGCUUCAGAUGCCGUUUUUUACCGAUAAGGAUAAAGAAGAGACAAACAAAAUGUUGGCCAAACAUCGGGAAUCAAUCGAGUCUUUCGAAAAGACAAUGAAUGAACAUCAAAAAGAAAUGGACAAAAACAUGAAUAACUUUCAAAAGAAUUUUCAACCAUUUUUCAGUCCGUCAAUCGCUAUCAGUCUCGACAGUAUUGGCCCGAAUGAUAUCAAAUCAGAUGACAAUAAUGUCAAACAAUCACAAUCCCAAUUAACAUCAAGAGACACCAAAUCAGAUGAUAAUGUUUUAUGGGAAUCGAUCCACGAUUUCGGCAAUCAUGAGAAACCGUUAGCUCAGAUAAUGUUUGAUGUGGACAUCAAUUUCGACAACAGUAGUAUCAAUGGCACAGAAGCAGAGCAGAUGAAGUCACCGAUAAGUAAGAUUGUCGACACAUUGUUUGGAUCGUUUGUCCAAAACUUAGAUGACGUCUUUGCCAACAUUGGUCUCAAAGAGAAGAACAGUGUUCACACAAAUAACACUGAGACCGGAGAUGACGGUUUGAUGGUUAAUGGAAUGAUAAUGAUUGAUUGCAAGUGUCCCGAUGGACAACACGGCGUACAUGAAGAGGACUGUCCAAUGAGCAAAAACCAUACGGUGUCUGAAAAUGAAAAGAAAACAUUAUUGUCCGACAAUUACGACGACGAGAUACCGUCUCCGGGCGAUUUGGUCAGAGAUGCGGACGGCACUGUGCAUCUUUUGGCUGUCUUGAAUAAGAAAACGGGACAACUCAUGUCCAUCAAUGAUCUUAACAAACAAAUCAAUAACAAAUCUCCAGUUGUGAAGAACGGUAAUCCAAACAUUGCUGUUGGCUAUGGUUUUAAAGAGGAGAUCAAACUGGUUUCGUCCAAUAGUGACGACUAUAAAUGGUACGAUUGGUUACUAAUGUCUAUGAUUGUCGUCACAUCCGUACUGUUGAUGGCUACGGCACUAUCAUUGUGUUGCAAACGGUUCCGCCGAUCCAAGAGUGCCAAACUCGCCGAUAUUCUCAGCAAAGUCGAGAGAGAGACGGUUAAGACCGAGAAUAUCUAUUCAACCACUGAUUCCGUCAAAAAUGAAAACUUUAAUCAAAUAGGUAUUGAAAAGAUUAAAACAGUUUUAAGUAAUAUGAAAUAAUAUUAUAAAUCAAAUGUUUUAUAUUAAUCAGUUAGAAAUUAGUCGAAUAAUCUUUAAAUAAAUAAU